AUGGGCAGUAGAUCGGAGAAUGUGGGAACAGUGGAUAGGGAAAGCUCCAGAGUUGAACAAGAUGAUGUUCUUAUGGAUGAUGACUCUGAUUCAUCAGAAUACGUAGAUAUGUGGAUCGAUUUAUUUCUUGGGAGAAAAGGCCAUGAAUAUUUCUGUGACGUUGAUCCCGAAUAUAUUACCGAUCGUUUUAAUCUGAUGAAUUUGCAAAAGACAGUUUCAAAAUUUUCUUAUGUGGUACAAUAUAUUGUAGAUGAUUUGGAUGACAGUAUCUUAGAAAACAUGACUCAUGCCCGUUUAGAGCAAUUAGAAUCAGAUUCCCGCAAGUUGUAUGGUCUCAUCCACGCGCGGUAUAUUAUAACUAUCAAAGGUUUGCAGAAAAUGUACGCAAAAUAUAAAGAGGCAGAUUUUGGAAGGUGCCCCCGUGUGUAUUGCAAUUUACAACAGCUGUUGCCAGUUGGUUUGCAUGACAUUCCAGGUAUAGAUUGCGUCAAGUUAUAUUGUCCAUCUUGUGAAGAUCUUUAUAUACCAAAAUCAUCGAGACAUAGUUCCAUUGAUGGUGCAUACUUUGGAACAAGUUUUCCAGGUAUGUUUUUGCAGGCAUUUCCAGAUAUGGUGCCCAAACAUCCAACUAAAAGAUACGUUCCAAAAAUUUUUGGAUUUGAAUUACAUAAACAAGCUCAACUGACAAGGUGGCAAGAACUACAACGACUCAAGUUAGUUAAGAAGCUUGAAUCUAAGGAUGUUGAUUUGACGAAAAGUGGCGGCUUCAAAACCUAA